UGCCGUUUUUGUGUCAAGCCACAGCUCCACAGCAGCUCUCAGCGCGGCACUGAGCCGAUGGAGCUUCGGGUGAACCCCGAUGGCUGCCAGCGCUUCGAGGCCAACAUCUUCAGGAGAGAGCGCUGCAAGCAUUGCGGGCACCCCUGGCACGCGCACCUCGGCGCCAUCGACGCGGACCAGCUCGCGCGGUUCCAAAGCAGCCGCGCGAGCGGAGGCGGCGGAAGCGGAAGCGGGCCAAGCGGCAAGGCCAAGGCCAAGCCAAAGGCAGCGCCACGUGCGGAGUGGCUCUUCGAGGAUGCGGACGAGGGCGGCAGCGGCAGCGACGGGGAGUUCCGGAUGCUGGCGGGCGAGGACUUGGAGCUGGUGGCGCGGCCCCGCAGCUCCUCCUCCUCCGUCAAGAUCGUGAACUUGGUGGACUUCGGGGAGUGCAACCCGCCGCGAGAGGGCCUCGCUAGUGCCAGCGAUGCCAGUCACUCGUCCAGCAGAGGCGCAGCGCCCGGCUUCACCAUGCCCAUGAGGUCCAAAGGUGACGUGCUCCUGGAGGAAGUGCACUUCCUCCGGCAAAUGCUGGCGGACAGCAACGAGGAGAAACGCAUCCAGGUGGCCAUCGUCCGGGACGAGGUCGCGGAGAAGCAGCGCGUCAUCGAUGAGCUGCGGCACCAGGCGGCCGUGGCCGAGGCGAGGUUGCAAGCGCUGCGCACCAGCGGCGAGGUGGUGCAUGUGGUCUCUGUCCGAGGCAGCCUGCAGGGCUGGGAGGAGGCGAAACAGCAGGCUGCCUGCCUCAAGCAGAGAUGCGAUGAGCUGGAGGCGGCCGGCAAGCAGCAGGAGGCAGAGGUGGUGCGACUCAAAGGCAAGCUGGACUUUUGGGAGGCGUCAGAAGAAUCCCUGGCCGAUUUGAGCAGCGAGCCCGCAGUGGUCGCCUGGGACUCGGCCCUGCGAGAGGCGACGCAGCGGUCCCUGCAGCGCCUGGCGGAUCGUCGCCUGGCGCUGCGCGUCGCCAGCUGCAAGGAAGUAACCGUGUGCAAGAUCUGCUACGACCGUCAGGUCUCCUGCGCGCUGCUGCCGUGCAGGCACCACGCCUUCUGCACGCCCUGCGCCGAGCGCGUGGAGCAAAGCCGCGACCAGGCGUGCCCCAUUUGCCGCACGGCGGUGACUGGGCGCUUCGAGACCUUCAUCAGCUGAGCCGGUUUGGUGCGAGUGCGGAGCCAGUGGUGGGUGAUCAUAUCGGGGGUUUGUUUGACCACUG